UCAGUUUGCCACUGCCAAGAGGAGCACUUCGCGUAACGGACUACAGUUUUGAAUAUUUUUUGAUUGUGCCUCAGUGUGUGAUACAAAACCAUCCAGAAAACCAUGCUUAAGUUGGCUAUUCCCUGCCUGGCACUGCUGGCCGUGAGUGGAGCGCUGAAGAUCCACGACUACCACCAGGGCCACGAGGAGUACGAGCACCACGAACAUCAUGAGCACCACGAGCCGGAGCACCACGUCAAGUACGAGCCGGAGCACGAGGAGACGGAGCUGCACCACGAGGUGGACCACAAGCACGCCACCUCGCACCAGAGCGUCAAGUUCCACCACUACCACGCCGUGCCCGUCUACAUCAAGAAGGAGGACCAGCACCUGGUGAAGAAACCCAUCGAGAUCGGCGGCACCAAGCAGAAGCUGAAGAUCCUGCACCCAAAGACCGAGCACAACCACAACCACGGACUGGUCCUCGAAAACCACAGCGAGUCGCACCACGAGCACGGCCACUACGAGGAGCCGGUGCACCACUCGGAGCACUAUGAGCACUACUCGCACCACGAGUAGGACUUGGAUCAUCCGAAUCGGAAAUGCCCAAUGAGCUGUAGGGAUUUCAUUAGUGUUUAAGGAUUUGCUACGUUAAUUUUCUUGUGUUAAUAAAGCGUUGACCUAGACUAUAGAGUACCACCCAAA